AUGGCAGAGCGUAACUACAGCCCCUUUUCUGGAUUCACCACCACGUCCCGUGGUGGUGGUGGUGCUCCCAGAAAGGACAGCUCAGGUGCGAUGGGCAGCAAACUGGCGCCUGUAAACUGGUCAGCUAAGAGCCUCGUCCCCGGUAAGUGGAAGGUUGUCGACGCCAGCGCGAUCCGUAAGGCCGCCAGCAUAAAAGAUAACCACAGCACCAACAAGGUGACGCACCUCAGCGACGGCGAGGCGGACGAAUGGCGUCAGGCCAACUCUAUCACAGUUUCCGACUCCGACCAGUGCCCGAACCCAAUUACGCAGUUUGACAUGCUCACCACCGUGCCGCAGUACCUGAAGGCAAAGCUGCUGGCGCAGGGAUUCAAGGCCCCCACCCCCAUCCAGGCGCAGUCCUGGUCGAUCGUUCUGUCGGGCCGCGACCUCGUCGGCGUGGCCAAGACCGGCUCCGGCAAGACCUUAGCGUUCAUUGUGCCAGCCCUGGCUCACAUCGCGCUUCAGGAGCCGCUGAAGAUGGGGGACGGCCCAAUGGUGAUUGUCCUCGCUCCGACCCGCGAACUGGCCCAGCAGAUAGAGCAGGAGACGAUCAAGGUGCUGCCGCAGAGCAUUCGGUGCGGCUGCAUUUACGGCGGCGCGCCGAAGGGCCCGCAGCUCGGACUGCUGCGCCAGGGAGUGCACAUCCUCGUGGCCACCCCGGGUCGUUUGAUCGAUUUCAUGGAGAUCAAGCGCGUAAACCUGCUGCGUGUGACGUACCUUGUGCUAGAUGAGGCGGACCGCAUGCUGGACAUGGGAUUUGAGCCGCAGGUGCGCGCCAUCUGCGGUCAAAUUCGCCCCGACCGACAAACACUCAUGUUCUCAGCCACGUGGCCCCGCGACAUUCAGAACCUAGCCGCCAGCUUCCAGAAGAACUGGGUGCGCAUCAACGUCGGUAGCAUGGAGCUGCUGGCGAACAAGGAUGUCACGCAGCACUUCAUCUUGACCUCAGAGGCAGCGAAGCUCGAUGAGCUGAAGCGGCUGAUGGAGCGCCAUCGCAAUCAGCGCGUGCUUGUCUUCUGCAAGACGAAGAAGACGGCGGACUACCUGGAGUUUCAACUGAAGCGCAACGGGGUGGACUGCAUGGCUAUCCACGGCGAUAAGGAGCAGCGUCAGCGUGAGUUCAUCCUGGAGCGCUUCCGCAAGGACUCGCGACUGUGUGUAGUGGCUACCGACGUGGCCGCUCGUGGUCUCGACAUCAAGGAGCUGGAGACAGUUGUCAACUACGACUUCCCUAUGCAGAUUGACGACUAUGUACACCGUAUCGGCCGCACGGGCCGCGCCGGAGCUAAGGGUGCGUCCUUCACGAUGAUCACGAAGCACGAAACUCAACUGAAUGCAUCGACGGUAUUCCAGCUGGUGGAGCUGGUAGAGCGCGCGGGGCAGGAGGCGCCUGGGUGGUUGCGCGAGUGGGCUGAGCAAGGUGGCGGCUAUCACGUCCCAAAGCGCAACCGCAACAUGAUGGGCAGCUUCGGCCGCAGCGGCCCACGUAUGCGCAUGCCGGGCGACCACUCCGCUGCUGGCGAUGGUAGCGGCGGCGGCCACUUUGGCCUGGCGCCGCAUGCUAAAGGCUCACCGGCAUUCGGCAUGAAGGAUGGCGCAAUAGAGAAUAAGAAAUUCGACUACAGCAGCGAGGACGACGACUCUGCCCAACCGAUCAAGCGCACCCGCCAUUAG